AUGGGCGUCUGGAUAGAGCGUCAGCGUUUGUGUGUUUGGGGCCGGCAUCCCCUGCUCCUGUUGGGCAACCGUUCCUCUUUCAAGCCGGACCUUGACUGUUCUACCGCUGAAUCGGUAUUCGGCACUAAGGUCCGACUACCUGUCAAGCUGAUCUCACCAACCCCUCCAAAUGCAGUCCAGGAUGCUGCCAACCUCCUGCACUCUCUCCGACAUUUAACAGGAACGCCUUCACCUGUUCCACCCAGGCCCUCUGUCUCCGAGUCUUAUCUGGAAGAGACUUGGCUGCAUCAUUUCACGUCUUUUUACGAUGUGAUAGAGUCCACCGGCCACUGGAGCCCCCUACGACGGCCCCUUCUGGAUGGCCUCUCGACGUAA